AUGUCCUGCACGUCUGCACUAGAGUUUAAUUCUGGGCAUCGUCCGGCCGCUGGGACACAUCCAGGUGGCAGCUCCACAGAAGCGAGCAGUGUCUCGCAGGAUGAUGCCGAGGCAAAGAGCAGGAAGAGGAAGGGCAGCGGUGACAGAGAGCAGCCCGGUGAGAGGAGGAGGGUCAGCAGCCAAGGCUCUGCAGAAGGUCAGAGGUCAGAGAAGAGUCCAGCUUCUCCCUCACAGGACGUCAGUCACAGCUUCGGGGGCCGAACGUCUACAAAUCUGAGAAGUUUCCCUCAUAGGGACGUCACGCCAUCAGGACGCAACAUUACUGAUUUUGAAGCCAGAUAUGAGGAGCUGGAGGUACUGGGAGAAGGAGGCUUUGGAUCAGUGUUUGCUGGCUUCUGCAUAUCUGACGAGUUACCUGUGGCCAUCAAACACAUUCCCCAAGAACUUGUGCGACGCAAACUACAGAUGAAGGAUGGAGAGGUGUUUGAUGUCCCACUGGAGGUGGCCCUCCUAUUAAAGGCAACAGGUGGACCAGAGUCAGCCGGUAGCUCCGCGGCCGUGUCCCUGCUGGACUGGUACGAUCUGGACCAGGAGCUGAUCCUGGUUCUGGAGAGACCGGUCCCCUGUGUGGACCUCUGGCAGUACCUUAUGGAAAAUGGAGGCUCGCUGCAGGAGCAUGAGGCUAAGAUCAUAAUGCAACAGCUGAUCGAAGCAGCAAUAGAGCUUCAUUCAAAACAAGUCUUUCACCGGGACAUCAAACUGGAAAAUAUUCUGGUGGAAACCGGAGCUUCUGUCCCUCGUGUUCGGGUCACCGACUUCGGCUGUGGCUGCUUGGCGAGGAAGGGAUAUUACCGCUUCUUCUCAGGUACUGCCGAGUGUUUCCCUCCAGAGUGGUACAUGCACAAGCGCUACAGGGCUCGCCCCACCACAGUGUGGCAGCUGGGAGUGGUGCUGUACGGGAUGCUGGACGGACACAAAUCAUUUGAUACCGGGAGGUUCCUCCACAACAAACUUCUGUUCAACAAUCAGCUGUCCCAAACCUCGGUCCUGAAACGCUGGAAGUUAAACUGGUGUGACCUUUGGAUAGACGGGAAUCUUUGCUUCUACAAGACUGACAGCAGGAGAGAGUUGGAGCACCGCGUCAGCCUCAAGACAACAUGUGUAGAUGUGAGAUCUGGCCUGGAAUGUGGAGGUGUGGCUCCACCAGAGAGUAACCCCCGGGAGAAUCUCAUUGUGGUUCAGCUCACAAGCGGCUCAACAGUCAACCUGUGUGCGAACAGUGAGGAUGAAUCCAUAGCGUGGAAACUGACUCUGCUCGACACCAGGAGGAACCCGGUUUUCACAUACGACCCAUAUGACGACUCCUACCAAGCGGUCCCCAUCAACAACUACCACACUGUCUACAUCACACCUGGAGCAGGACCAGGAACCCACCAGGUGCUCGUUCAGAGGGACCCGUUCGAUGACGUGUUGGAGCAUCUUGCACUGGGAUUACUGGCAGGCAUGGCAGCAGGGACAGCCAUGCGAUCCUUCCUCUACAUGCCGUUCUUUUUCUGCUGAGGUGACGACACUGCGCACUGACUGGGAGCCGGACAUCAGCAUGUGUACAAAGCCUCCUGAAAACCCUCGUCAAACAACGAGCUGCUGCUCUUCAGGCUGUUCGGUCUUUGCUUCUUGUGUGCACUUUUGCAUUUAAGACUUAAGAAGCUGAAAAGAAUGUACUUGUAUGUUCUUGCUGAACACUGAAUCAUGAGCGUUUGCAAACGGCAGGAAGUGUAUUUUGUGUCUGAAUGUUCUUUAAUCUGCUGCCUGAAUGUUACACUUAAUAUCUUGAUGUGUAGCCUGUAUUAGGAAAUAGUUUGAUGCAUUAAAAUAUAGUUAGGGAUGGUGAUCUAAGAUCAUUGUUGGAUGCAAAUCCAAAAAGUACCAACACAUGACGCACCAACAGGAGG